CUGUGGCCGAGCCGGAACGGAAUAAAGUAAUAGAAAUUCCCCAAACGCUCAGGGCGCGUGCUUCUUCCGAUUUUGGUCACAUAGAGAGGGAGAGUUACAGAUUGCGAGCGAGAGACACAGGGACGAUGCUGGAGGAGACAACGCCGAUUGACAUGGUGAUGGAGGCCGCUUCGGGGCCUCACUUUUCCGGCCUUCGACUGGACGGCCUACUCUCGUCUCCGUCGUCAUCUUCUUCUCCUCGCGCCCCCGCCGUCCAUCCUCCUCCCCCUUCCUUAUUCUCUUCCUCGGCCGCCCUUGCCGACUCCACCGCCCCCAAACAGCCCUUCGUUAUCGGGGUUUCGGGAGGUACGGCGUCUGGUAAGACGACUGUGUGUGACAUGAUCAUUCAACAACUUCACGACCAUCGUGUUGUGCUUGUCAAUCAGGAUUCAUUUUAUCGGGGCUUGACAGCUGAAGAAUCAGAAAGAGUGCAUGAAUAUAAUUUUGAUCAUCCCGAUGCUUUUGACACAGAGCAGCUACUAGAGUGCGUUGAGAAACUCAAAUGUGGCCAAUCUGUGCAUGUACCUAUAUAUGAUUUUAAGAACCAUAGAAGGUGCUCGGACAGUUUCCGGCAGGUAAAUGCAUCUGAUGUAAUUAUUUUGGAGGGAAUUUUAGUUUUCCAUGACCCACGAGUCCGCAACUUGAUGAAUAUGAAGAUUUUUGUUGACACAGAUGCUGAUGUGAGGCUUGCUCGUAGAAUAAGGCGCGAUACAGUUGAGAGGGGUAGGGACAUAAAUUCUGUUCUUGAACAGUAUGCAAAGUUUGUGAAACCCGCUUUUGAUGAUUUUGUCUUGCCAUCAAAGAAGUAUGCUGAUGUUAUCAUACCCCGGGGAGGUGAUAAUCAUGUUGCCAUUGAUUUAAUUGUUCAACAUAUCCACACAAAACUUGGCCAGCAUGACCUUUGCAAAAUAUAUCCCAAUGUUUAUGUUAUUCAGUCGACAUUCCAGAUAAGAGGCAUGCAUACAUUGAUCCGAGAUCACGAUAUAUCAAAGCAUGAUUUUGUAUUUUAUUCGGAUCGCCUUAUUCGUCUGGUUGUGGAGCAUGGACUAGGCCAUUUACCUUUUACUGAGAAGCAAAUAGUCACUCCAACAGGGUCAGUAUAUACUGGGGUUGACUUCUGCAAGAAAUUGUGUGGAGUCUCCAUUGUUCGAAGUGGUGAAAGUAUGGAAAAUGCAUUACGUGCUUGUUGCAAAGGAAUAAAAAUUGGAAAAAUUUUGAUCCACCGGGAUGGUGACAAUGGGAAGCAGCUUAUAUACGAAAAACUUCCCAAGGAUAUUUCGGAGCGACAUGUCUUGCUUCUGGAUCCAGUUCUUGCUACAGGUAACUCGGCUAAUCAAGCAAUUGAACUACUUAUACAAAAAGGAGUUCCUGAAUCCUACAUAAUAUUUCUGAAUCUCAUUUCUGCCCCAGAAGGAAUACAUUGUGUUUGUAAUCGUUUCCCAUCCGUGAAAAUUGUCACCUCAGAGAUCGAUGUGGCGCUUAAUGAAGAAUUCCGUGUCAUACCAGGAAUGGGGGAGUUUGGUGAUCGAUACUUCGGCACUGAUGAUUGAUUAAUUUGUUCAUACUGAUCAAUUCAUCGUUGAGAUGGUAAAAUUCUGAUCCAGUGCUGCAUGGUUGAAUACGUUGACUGAAAGUCAAUUCCACAUGCAGAGAGAGAUAGAGAGAGUAGGACGAGCUUUCAUUUUGGUGAAAUUCAACAUCAUCUAGUUUGUUAAUUUGAAUUCGCUGUGAAUACUUUGUAUUGUUGGAUUUAGUUUUAGUUGCUCUAAUCAACGAGGUAUAUUGUUCACAUGGCAUUUGAAGGAUGCCCGUUUCUUCAAUGGCCUGUCCGUUCUGUCGUGCUUGAUGGGAACCAAUGUUUGGGUAA